AUGCUUAGGAACUAUUCACCCUUGAUACAGACCCUGUUGGGUACGGGAUUGACAUGGGCAGUGACCGCUCUGGGAGCCGCGUUCUGUGCCUUUCAGACCUCAAAAACCGGUACGCGCAAACAAGUGAUGCUUGCAGCCUCCUUCUGGUCUUUGUUGGAUCCGGCUAUUGUGAUAGCUAAGAAUGAGUUGCGCAUGGGUGUGUUCUCCGUGGUCCCAGCUACAAUGGGCUUAGUGGUUGGUGCUGCCUUUGUCGGUUUGGCAGCACAUUUUCUUCCCGCCGAGGUAGGUGUGUAUGUGUCUGUCUUUGUACACGCACGUUUCCGCGCUCUUCUUUGUUCCCUAAGGCGUAAACGAUAUCUUAGCAAUAGAAAAUACGACUGA